AAAAGUGGGAGUGUUUGGUCCGCAAAUUUUUACUGUUCUUAGAAUUUAUAUACUAUUGCAUUGAACAUACAUACACACUGUAGUCGUCUUUCUCUGAUACUCUCUUAUUUUACAUCUAUCAACUUGGAGGUUAAAACGAUAUAGUAUCCUAUUGUGUUCGGAACUCUGCAGAAUGCCCCAUCAUCAUCGAAGAAAAUCAACGUUGUCGAGAGAAUCAUCGUCUAGCUCUUCUGAGUCCUCACGCUCAUCUACAAAUCGAAAACGUUCGCAUGAAGCGUCACGGAACUCCGGAUCAAGUCGGCAUCAUACACGAGAUCGGGAAGAAAGAUAUAGAAAUGAUGUUAAAGAGGGUUCUGGUGCAGGAGACGGCGUCGGCGUCGGAAAACGCAUCUUCAAGACGGUUGAGAAACUCGAGAAUCCAGUGAAGAAAUUCGGCAAGCUUGUUCUUUGGGGUGCUCCGUUGAUUCUUGCCGGACUGGAAGUACGACAUGAAUGGCAUCAUCAUUCGCAUAAGAGAAGGAUGAUGGAUAAGGAGUAUGAGAAGGCGCAUUUGGAAAUACAGUUACAGAUGGGCAAAGAUGGGAAGAAGGAGGGUAUUACGAUUGAGGGGACAAAGAGUCAUGGGCCAGCGAAGGAAAAAGAAGAGACUUCUGAGCCUUCAUCUGACGAAGUACAUAUACUUCCUUAUCCAGCAAAAGUCUACUAUCCGGUCGGUCGCCCAAGUCAACAUCCUUCACGGCGAAAUACUGAAGCGUAUCAACCGUACUUAAUACCACCUCACGUCCCCGAAGCUCCAUAUCUAGAUGUGCGUGAAGAUAGACGACCAGGAAUACGAGUGAAACGACCGGGGUCGAGAGAUGUGCUGUUCCCGCGUGUUCGCUCAACUUCUGAAUCCAUUUACGAAUAUAGACGGUGGUGAAACUGUUACGGGGUAAUUUUUUCAUUUUCUUGAUCUUUCAUUUUGAGGCAUUUGAUGAUGUUUAGACUUUCGAGCUGCUUCAAUUUUAAUUAUUCAUCACUGCCUUUUCUCUUUAGUGGUAUAAUUUACUUGUUUUCCAAGCUCAUGUUGAAUCACGGGAAAGGGCAUUGAUUAGAGUCAUAUUGUUUUGUGUUACUUGAAUCAAGGAUAGCAAGAUAGAUUGAGUGCAUCAAAUCUACAAUUGCAAUGGCCUUCCCGCGAAGUUCCCAGAAAUUGUAGU